AUGACCUCGCGAUCGGCGACGAGAAACACCGCCCAGAUCAACGCCGCCCUCCUGGCGUUGCGGCUGAAGCAGCCCACGGGGAAGCUGUCUGAAAAAGACUUCUCCGUCUACGUCACCGACGACGGCUCCACCUUGAACACCACCGAGCGUGCGGUGACGCUGGUGCCGGCGCCGGCGGCGCGGAUCCCCGAGGACCACGAGGUGUUUGACGAGGAAGGCCUCCCCCGCCACGCCUUCUUAAAGGACCAUUUUUUCAAUGAAGGCCGCCUCUCUCCCCAGCAGGUGCUUAAGAUCCUCGCCAUGGCCACCAAGUGCUUGCUGAAGGAGCCGACGCUUUUGGAGGUGCCGGCUCCCGUGACCAUCUGUGGCGACAUCCACGGCCAGUACUACGACUUAAUGCGGCUAUUUGACGUUGGCGGGUCGCCAGAACUGACCCCCUAUCUCUUCUUGGGGGAUUACGUCGACCGGGGGCUGUUUUCCAUCGAGUGCUUAUUGUACUUGUACUCCCUCAAAUUGAACUUCCCCACGACGUUAUGGAUGCUUAGAGGUAACCACGAGUGCCGCCACUUGACGGAAUACUUUACGUUUAAGUCGGAGUGCUUACACAAGUACUCAGAAGAGGUCUACGAGGCGGCGCUUAAAUCGUUCAACGCGUUGCCGUUGACUGCAAUCGUCCUCAAUCUGAACAGAGAACGCCAAUUCUUCUGUGUCCACGGGGGGUUGCUGCCUGACUUGAAGCUGUUGGACGAUUUGAUGAAGCUUGACCGGUUCCGGGAACCCCCCACCAGAGGGCUCAUGUGCGACUUGUUAUGGGCUGACCCUUGCGAGGAUUACGAUGAGGACGAAGGACUGCUGCUUUUCAGCCGUAAUACUGUCAGAGGGUGUUCCUACGCGUUCACUUAUAAGGCUCUGUGCCAGUUCUUAGAGCGUACGGGUCUCUUACUGAUCAUCAGAGCCCACGAAGCUCAGGACGCCGGCUACCGCAUGUACAAACCGACGAAGACGAUGCUGUUCCCGUCGUUGCUCACGAUGUUCUCCGCUCCUAAUUACUUGGACACUUAUAACAAUAAGGCCGCCGUGCUUAAAUACGAGAACAACGUGAUGAAUAUCCGCCAGUUUAACGCCCUGCCCCACCCGUACUGGUUGCCCAACUUCAUGGACGUGUUCACGUGGUCGUUACCGUUUGUGGGUGAGAAGAUUACCGAUAUGAUGGUGCUGAUUUUGAACAUUUGCACCGAGGAAGAACUCGACGAAGAUACGCCAUUACACGAAGACCGCAUCACUACCGAUACUCCCGCGGCUACCGAAGCAGCGUCAGCAGGCUUGGCUUCGACUACGGCGUCGUCCGCCGCCGAGCUGGAGGCAGAAAUGGAACACAAGCGCACCGUGUUGCGCAACAAGGUGUUGGCGAUUGGCCGCAUGCUGAGAAUGUACAAGAUCUUGCGGGAAGAACUGGAACAGGUGGCCCACCUCAAGGAGUUGAACCGGGGCCAGUUGCCCAAGGGGUCGUUGAUAAACGGGCUGGAAGGGUUGCGCCACCAGAUCUCGCUGUUUGCCGACGCCCGCCAGGCCGACUUGCGCAACGAGGCGUUGCCGCCGCUGGUCGAGGAACAGCGACGGCGCGAGGAGGCCCGGCUGGUCCAGAUGCAAGAGCAGUUGGAAAACGACGAGCACGACUCGAAGGAGUUGCGCCUGUUGGUGAGACGGUUGUCGCAAAAGUAG